AUGCAUAUACGCACUCCCACUGGCGAAAAGCCAUACCAGUGUGAAGUUUGUGACAAAGUCUUCCGUUCACCAAACACACUAGCACAACACUCGAAAAUUCACAACAAGGACGAACAGAGUAAAUGUCCUCAUUGUUCAUCCACGUUCGCACAGUUAUCAAAUCUAAAGAUUCACAUCCGUACUCACACAGGCGAAAGGCCAUUUCAGUGUAAAAUCUGUUACAAAGCCUUCUAUUCACCAAGCAGUCUACAACAUCAUUCGAAAAUUCACAAUAAGGACCUGCAGUAUCAGUGUCGUUAUUGUUCAUCCACGUUCGCACAGUUAUCAAAUCUAAAGAUUCACAUCCGUACUCACACAGGCGAAAGGCCAUUUCAGUGUAAAAUCUGUUACAAAGCCUUCUACACAUCAAGCCAUCUGACAGACGAAAGGCCAUUCCAGUGUAAAAUCUGUGACACAGCGUUCAAAAGAUCAAGCGAACUGACAAAACAUUCAAAAAUGCACAAUAAGUACCAACAGCAUCAGUGUCCUCAUUGUGCAUUAAAGUUCUUGCGAUUAUCCCGACUAAAAAAUCACAUCCGCACUCAUACUGGCGAAAGGUCUUAUGUGUGUAAAGUCUGUGAAAAAGCGUUCACAUCACUAGGGAAUCUACGGCAUCAUUCGAAAUGGCACAAUAAGGACCAACAGCAUCAGUGUUCUUAUUGCUCUUUAAGGUUUCCAUGGUUAUCUAACCUAAAGAUUCAUAUGCGCACUCACACUGGCGAAAGACCAUACCAGUGUAAAGUUUGUGACAAAGCGUUCAUAUCACUAAGCAUUCUGCGGCAUCAUUCGAAAAUGCACAAUAAGGACCAACAGCAUCAGUGUUCUUAUUGCUCUUUAAAGUUUCCAUGGUUAUCUAGCCUAAAGAUUCACAUGCGCAUUCACACUGGCGAAAGGCCAUACCAGUGUAAAAUAUGUGAAAAAGCGUUCAGGUCAUCAAGAACUUUGGCACAUCACUCCAAGAUUCACAAAAAGGACCAACAUCAUUAGCACCUUCAUGGUUGCUUCAAGUUUUCGUUUGAAUAAACUUGAAUUAUGUAUGUU